AUGAUUAGUUUUUCUGGGGUCAACAUACCAACAAUGGCUAAAACCAGAGAUUCUUGUUUCGUCAACGCUCUCUUCGCAAUCGCGAUUUUAGCGAUUGCCCAUUUCUGUAACUGUGAAGCUGUCUUGUCUCAGAAAGAACAGGACAAAGUCUCGAAAUUGCCUGGUCAGAAUUUCAAUGUUGACUUUGCUCACUACUCUGGGUUCGUUACUACUAAUGAGGAACUGGGAAGAGCACUCUUCUACUGGCUCUUUGAAGCCACCGAAGAUGCUGAGUCUAAGCCUCUUGUUCUCUGGCUCAAUGGAGGACCAGGAUGUUCAUCUGUGGGAUUUGGUGAAGCAGAAGAGAUAGGACCGUUUCACAUUAAGCCAGAUGGGAAGACUCUUUACCUUAAUCAAUAUUCUUGGAACCAAGCUGCGAAUAUUUUGUUCCUUGAUGCACCUGUUGGAGUUGGUUUUUCAUACUCGAACACUUCUUCUGACUUGGUCACCAAUGGUGAUAAGAGAACUGCCCAAGAUUCUCUGAAAUUUCUGCUGAAAUGGGUUGAGCGUUUUCCGGAGUACAAAGGAAGGGAGUUUUAUAUAGUUGGUGAGAGCUAUGCAGGACAUUACAUUCCUCAGCUGAGUGAAGCCAUUGUAAAACAUAACCAAGCUUCUGGCGACAACACUAUUAAUCUGAAGGGUUACAUGGUAGGAAACGGGCUGAUGGAUGAUUUCCAUGACAGGCUCGGUCUUUUCCAGUAUAUUUGGUCGUUGGGUUUUAUCUCCGACCAAACAUACAGCUUACUGAAACUUCAGUGUGGUUUGGAACCGUUUAUUCACUCCUCCGAAACGUGUAACAAGGUUCUGGAGAUAGCGGACAAGGAAAUAGGUAACAUAGACCAUUACAGUGUCUUCACCCCGACCUGUGUUGCGAGUGCUUCCCAGGCAAAAAUGUUGCUAAGGAAAAGACCAAUGAACAGCCGUGUGAGUGAACAGUAUGAUCCUUGCACGGAGAAACACUCUGUAGUGUAUUUCAAUCGUCCAGAGGUUCAAGAAGCCCUCCAUAUCCCACCAGGACUUGCACCAUCCAAAUGGGACACUUGCAGUGAUGUCGUGAAUGAACACUGGAAUGACUGUCCUUCCUCGGUUCUAAACAUUUACCACGAGCUUAUAGCUGCAGGGAUUCGUAUCUGGGUUUUCAGUGGAGACGCGGAUGCUGUUGUACCAGUCACAUCAACCCGGUACAGCAUAGAUGCACUGAAGCUUCGUCCAUCGAGUCCUUAUAGUCCUUGGUACAUAGACGGACAGGUGGGAGGGUGGACUCAGCAGUAUGAUGGUCUGAACUUUGUGACUGUGAGAGGUGCAGGCCAUGAAGUUCCUUUGCACAGACCGAAGGAGGCUCUUGUGCUCUUGAAGGCUUUUAUAUCUGGAACUCCGUUGUCCACAUCCGAUAACAGCAUCAGCCGCGACAUGUCUGAGCUCGAUUUUUGUUUGUUUGAGAUUUCCAAAAUACCCGAUGAGAUCUACGACUUUAGGCGUAGUUGCAGCUUUAGGUUCUCGUUUGCGGAUCAAUGUGGUUCUGUGUCGACUAUGUUAGGAAGCUAUGUCUCUGCCACUCUGUGCAUCGAUUUCGAUAUCCUAUUAGAAUACAAAAACUACACCUCGUGCAGGACAAGACAAGUAGCCGAAACAGCAGCAGUCAUGGUGAUGGUGUCUAAUUCCAACCAUCACAACAAGGAAAUAAAUGUCAGAAGGAAAAUUUCUGAGAUAUACAAUAAACGGGAAGAGGAUUUUCCAUCACUAAAGGAUUACAAUGACUACUUGGAAGAAGUCGAGUGCAUGGUAUUCGAUUUGGUAGAUGGAAUAAACGUUGAGGCGAUUGAGGAGAAAAUCAAAAGAUACUCUCAAGAGAAUGCUGAACAGAUAAUGGUUAAUCGAGCCCGCAAGGCUGAAGAAUUAACUGCAGCGUUAGCAGCUUGCAAGGGCCAACUCCCACAGACCAAUGCUGAUACGUCGUCAAACCAUGGGAUUACGGCUGGAACUUCACACGGCCAGGCUCCACGACCAACGGGAAUGGGCCCACAACCUGUACCUAUAGGAGGAGGAGCAGAGCAUCAACGCUACUCUAUGGAAGACGAAGCGAUGAUGAGGCUCAAAGCAGAGAGAGCUCCACGUGCUGGAGGAUUUUCUCUGGAGAUAAGCAAGAAGAGGGCUUUGGAAGAAGCAUUUUCAAGCAUUUGGGUUUGAGGACAGUGACGAGGAGGUCCAAAUUGGUUGAUUAGCUUUGAGUAUGGAAGUAAUUAGAGUUUCCAUUGUUGUCUCGGUGCAUUGUCUGUUUACUCUUGUGUUCGUUUGUUUUUUUUGUAUAGUUGACAAGAUCAAUUUACAGCCAUCUAUAUAACACAAUUUUCUCAAUAAUGGUUAAGUUGGUUCGACCGAACUUUAACCAUCGGUCAAUUU